UCAUAGUAGCUUCGAAAAAACACAGAAUAGAAAACUGAUACAGACCUUGCCACGGGCCAGAAAAUCAAAUGAAGCAGCAGCAAAAACGUGCAUAGCCACUGCUAAAGUAACACAUCCAAAAUUCAAUCAUUUAUACUGUUUCACGAAGAAUUCUAUGCUACUGACGUUAUAUUACUACUAAAAUUAAAAUUGCCAUCAAACAAAUGCAACGGACCAACGCCAUUUAAGUGAUACAACAAAACAAAUAAAAGUUUAAACAACAUAAGUGCUGUGAUUUCCACUACAAAACAACAACAACCAACCAACAAAUGUUAAUUUAAACUGCAACAAGAAGGAGAAAAAGCAAUCAGCAAGAAAACAAACAGCAAAUUGUGAUAAAUUAAAUAAUCUUAAUUAAUUAAUUGUACAAGUGAUAAAAAGGGCAAAAAGCCGUCGGAAAACUGCGAGCGAACGAACGAACGAUUUUCGAUUCGAUUCGACUUUCCAUCAAACCACACAGAAAACCAAUGAAAAUGGAUGUUAUCCCCGUGCAAAGCAUCUACGGCGGUAUUCUGGGAUCAAACAAAAAUAGAGAUUGGACCAGCACACUGACACCGCCCGUUACCGUCGAAGCGGCCGUGGCCGUUAUGCCCAAAAAGGCCAAGACCGCCGGAACAGGCAGCAGCAGCAAUACCACCACCAUCACCGCCACCGCCACCGCCACCAGUAUUAAGCACAAGCAGCCGGCGGGCAACAACAACAACGUUGGCCAGAGCCAGAGCAAGAAGACGAAGCCCAGCGGCAGCUACAACAGCAACUACUACUACGCGGACGAGGAGGAGAGCGGUAGCAGCUACUUUUCACCAGAUCUCGACAUGAAGGCCGUGGAGGAGCUGUCCCAGCGACUCCUGGACGAACUGAGGGCGGCCAAGUCGCGGCAUUUGACAUGCACGGAAGUGUCGCUACCCUGUGAUCUCACGCCGAGCGUGGCCCGGGAAAUUAUCCGAGUGUCGGAGAAGGAGCCCUGCGGCAUUCGCGGCUGCACCAUUUACAUUGAGUUCGAGGAUGAGCCGAAGAACUCGCGUCGCAUCGCCUCGAUCAAAGUGGACCCGGACACGGUGUCGACUUUCGAAGUCUAUCUGACCCUCAGGCAGGAUCAUCGCGGCUGGACGUCGCUGUUGCCGCAGUUCAUGAAGAGUCUGGCCCGCACGAUCACCAUCAGUCCGGAGUACACGAUCACCAAGAACAAGCUGUAUUCCGCCGAUGGUUUGGGCGCACGCCGGAGUUAUAGCUUCGGCAGCCACGCCCAUAGCCCCAGUGCGGCCAUAGCCACGCCCACAAAUUAAGGUGAUCUGCAAGAUCUGUCAGAUAUAUAUACAUAUAUGUCUGCAAAAAAAAAAAAACACCACCCCUGUGAUGAUCGAGAGCAGUAGUUUGUUGCAGUUGAAGAGCAACAACGAAGCAAGUAUUCGAAGCCACCCCACCUACACCACACACAUACACACACACACACACACACACACAUACACCUAAAAAACACACACAAUACACACAUUAGGGUACGCCAACCACACUCUCAUACUAAUACUAUAUAUGGGACCUUAAGGCCCGAUUUUUGUAAUUGUGACUCUCACCACCAUUUUACUUAGAUGCGUAGUGCUAUAACAAAUAAUUAGAGUUUUAAGUUGUUUCUCCUUUUUCAAAAACGCAAAAGCAAGAAAAACAAAAGGCGAGAAGAGCGGAAGAAAAGUAAAGAAAAACCAACAUGAAAUUCAAAGACGGCAGCCCCACGAUACCCAGAAUCAUAUUUCUGGGACCUUCGCUUUGGGGCUCGCCGGUCGACAACUCAUGAAUAUGUGAUACUGUUUAAGAUGCUAAGAGUUUUUUGCCGGCUAGCCCAAAAUCCGGCAAAAGACGUUGAUAAAAUUACACAUUUAACACACACACACACACAUACACACACACACCACACCACACCCCUCCCCCCUCCAUACACAACAAAAGAACAGAUUUUUUUAAAAAUUGUAUGCUAUAUAGUAAUAAACAAACAAACAAACCAACAAAACAAACAAACUUGAUCUUGGUAAAUUUAAAAUUUAACUUUAAAACUGAGAAGAGGCCUCGAAAUGUGACAGAGGUAGAUGAACACACGCUCCAAUUUUAGUUAGACGCAGCUUGCUGCAAUAAAAAUUUUUUAAAUUAUUAAUUAAUAUUAAUUAAAACCAACAAAUUUUAGGAUUUUAACAAAUUUUUAUAUAUUAUUAAAUGUAUAGCGCGUACUACACAAAAAAAAAAAACAAAACAACAAGAAAAAAUACAAAUACAAAGAAAAUCCACAACAAAAAAAUAUAAAUGAGAAUAAAUUAAACAUAAAAAAUCAAGCGUAAAAUUUAAGGCAAUGAAUAUCUCAGUAAAUGUGAAAGCGUAAAAAAUUUGUAAAAUUUUUUUGUCUGUGUAAAACUCCCAAUGCGAUAUAAAAACAAAAACUUAAAUGUAGCAGAGAAAACAAAAUCAAGAAAUCGUCAAAUAAAAUGUGAAAAUUUAAUUAAAUGCAAUGCGAUAUAAUUUUUAAAAAUUACAAUUAACGUAAUGAGGAAAACUUAAUGUUCUCACAAAUACACAAACACAUAAACACACCAUCCACACACAUACAAACACACACGAAAGUAUCUAUUACCAGCAAAAAGUAUCUAUCAAAGCGAAAAAAAACUAUUUAUUACAAAAAGAGAGAGAAAGAAAGAAAUAAACAAGCAAAAUACGAAAAAAAAUACAUGUAUUAAUUUUUUAUUAUUACAAAAAGCAAAAACAAAAAUAUAUUGUAUUUAAUGUUAAGUUUUUUUAUUGCGUAAAACAACAAAAUAAUUGUGAGAAAUUUGUAACCAAAACAAAACAAAAAAAACAAAAGCAAAAACAUUUUGUGAAAAAAACCUUACCACACAUACAGAGCGAAAAACAAAGGCAAAAAAAAUUACAAAAAUAAAAGCAUAUAAUUUUUCCUGCGCUAGCGGAAAAUAAUUGUGGAAAAAAUUAAAACAAAA